GGUUCUACUUAGACAAAUCCCUGGCAGGGUGUAGUCGUGUCUUUAAUGAAGUCCAAAAAGUGUGGUAGCAUUUUAAUUUCAAUUCUUUUAUUUUAUCGUUAUCAACCAAAAGUGAUACAACUUGUGCAAGUUUCGUAAUGACCCCCUUCCACGGGUUUCUUGUCGAUACAGCGGCCACGUAACGAAGGCAAAAUGAUGUGGCCUUCACCCAUGUAUUGUCAUUCUCUUCUAUCUGAAAAAGAGAUUUUCCUACGAAAACAAGGGCAGCAAAUGCUUUGCAAAUGAGCAGAAGAGUCCCGUGUUUACAAGAAGAAUCCUUCGCGAAUCAGGCCGUGUUGAAUGACUGUUAAACACCGUCACUUGGGUAUAAAAAGAGGCAAAAAUCGGUGGAAAUUCAGCAGACUUGCCUUCCUCAUCUCCUCUACAGCAACCAAGCUCCUUCUCCACGAAAAAACAUGAAAUUCUCGGCUUCAGUAGCUAUUUUCCUGGCCGUUUGUUUGGUCUACGUUCAUGCGGAUGAACGCCGCAUUCCGUCCUAUGGAGGAAAUCGACCAUCUUCAUACCGGCCGCCUUCUCACCACCUAAAGCCCCAUCCUCCCAAGCCCCUUCGUCCUUUGCCUUACCACUCCAAGCCCCAACACCCUUUGCCUUACCACCCCAAGCCCCAACACCCUUUGCCUUACCACCCGAAGCCCCAACACCCUUUGCCUUACCACCCCAAGCCCCAACAUCCUUUGCCUUACCACCCCAAGCCCCAACAUCCUUUGCCUUACCACCCCAAGCCCCAACGCCCAACGCAUUACAAGCCCAAGCCUCAACAUCCCAAACCCCACCGCCCCUCGGUUCAUCGACCAAAGCCUCAGCGCCCCAAUCGUCCCUGGGUGAUGAAGCCCCAAUCAGACAACACCAACAUCAACAUUAACCGCAACAAGAACAGCAAUGAGGGCAUCAUUUUAGCCGAGCUUUUCUCUCAGCUAAUCGCCAACGAAGAGGAUCCAUGUCUAUUCGGCUUGGGAUGUUUCGAAAAAAAACUGAAAACUAAAGAUAUCGUUGUUGAAGCAAAGGCCAACAGUACCCAAGAAGAAGAGGCUGCCACCACCAGCGACGCUGCGGAUGCUACCACCAAUGACACCGAAGAUGCUACCAUUAGUGACGCCGAGGAGGCUACAACCGACGACUCCGAGGCUAGCUUGGACCAGGCUGAAGAAGAUGCUGUUGUUGUGGAAUCACCCCAAGAAGAAGAUGCCGUGGUCGUGGAAUCGCGUCAAGAACCGGAAGCAGAAGAGGAUGAUAUGACUAUGGCCUAGGCUCCAUAAAUUUUGAAAUUCCAAAUCUCCCCCACCGACUAGCAACAGCGACACAACACGGAUAAAGGCAACCCUGAUAAACUGAGUACUUUAAGUAAACCAUUUUUUUCAUGUUUUUCGAAAAAUGACAUUUUUGAAGUUUGGAUUCUCUUAAAAGAUUUCCGUUUAAGGAGCAACCAAUAUCUAAUACCAAUCUGAAAUUUGCUAAAUCAACAGAAAAUAUAUUCAAAUUACAAAAAUG